UAUUUUCUUCAUCGUCUAUCGAUAAUAUUCUGAUUAUUAAUGAUGAUAAUAAUUUUGUUAUUAACACUAACAUGAGAUUGACAUUUGUUUCUAAUCAUUAAUUAUUAUCAAUCAUACUCAUGCUUCGCGGAAUGUAAUCUAGCAGCAAGAUAAAGCAAAGUUUGUAAAGUGAGCAAUAUAAAGAUGUCCUAUUAUCUAUCAUAAAUACUGCGUCCGCGAUAUGCUAUCAGAACCGAUAUAUACGUAGUUUGUUGUAUGACUAACAAUAAGUUCUGAGUCUUCCGUUCAGGUACAUUUCGUCAGUAGUCCGAAAAUACUACAUUUGAAAUGUGAUACAUCGUUCAUAACGUAAUAUAUAUACAUCUGUGUGUGUCAUAAUGUUUAAUAUCAUUAAUAUUGUAAUACUGUUGCUUCUGACAUUAUGCAGCAAUCAAUGUUUGUGCGACAUAUGUAAAGUGUGCGAAUGCGUCAACACAGAUUCGGGACUAAUCGUUUAUUGCCGUGGAAAGUUCACACAGAAUGACGAAACCUUCUAUUACGAAUUUCUUACGACGGACGAUCGUUCUCUGUAUAAACUCGUCCAGACCGGAAACUUUGGUACAGUGUUACUAACUAGCCAAAUUCUGAAAAAGAUGAAAUACCUGAAGCAACUGGACCUGUCCGGAAAUCUGUUGGAGAAUAUACACAUAGAUGUCUUCGAGGAUCUAAGCGACCUCGAAGACUUAAGUUACUCCAACAAUCGCCUAUCCAGUUUCAACAUUUCUGUCCUGAACGCGAAUUUCCCUCUCGUGAAACUUAAUUUGAGUCACAAUAUGAUUAACAGUCUGGAAAGAAGCUCGCAACACAUGGUUACAAGUCUAAAGGUGCUUGACCUAUCUUACAAUAACCUGACCUAUGUAUACGAUGACUUCUUGAAGGCUGUACCACGAGUCGAAUAUCUGGAUUUCUCCUUCAAUAGACUCAGCGAACUGGAAGCGAACGCUCUGAUGCACCUGCAGUACCUAAAGAUCCUCCGCAUCAAUGACAAUCGUCUUCUAUCUUUGAGCUUUCAGGAUCUUCCUUUAAGGCUGGAAGAACUUCAUGCAGGAGGCAACUUCAUCGGCAUCUUGUUACCUAAGAAAAUAUCUAUUCGUGUUCUAAAUAUCGAGAACAAUCGAAUUUCUGACUUGAGGGAAGAAUUCUCGUUGCUGGAGGAACUGAUGCAUUUAAAUAUAAGCGGGAAUUUCUUAUCUGAAUUCCCGUCGGUGAAGCUGAAACAUUUGGAGUCAUUGGAUCUUUCAUUCAAUAACUUGACGAUUAUUCCGAAAUCUAUUUCAACGAACUUUUUCCCUAUGCUGAAAAUAUUCAACGUUAGUGGAAAUCCAUUGCAGGAUCUGAAAUUGCAAUCUGAAUUAAAAUUAAAUAUUUUCGAGGCAAAUUACAUGGAUAUGAUAGAAGGGAUACAUGAAGAUACAUUUGAGAAAUUGAAGGGGAGAGCGAAUGAAUGCAUAAAUGUAACUAUUUCCAACAACAACAAACUGAGUGUAAUGGCGGAGAAUGCUUUUCACGAUAUCAACAUGUGCUUCCUAGAUAUGAGCAACAAUCGUUUUACUCAAUUUUCACCUAAAAUAGUAUAUGAAAGUACAAUAUUAAAGAACACAAGUUUCCUCAUCAAUCUGCAAGGAAACCCGUUUGUUUGCAACUGCUCAUUGCAGUGGAUGCUAGGCAACCUUAUUCCUUACCUUUAUAAAAUGGAACCCAAACUCUUGGAGGAACUGAGAUGCGCUGGACCAGCUCCUUUCACAAAUAUAAGAAUAGUCCACUGGUACAAGUGGCAGAAUAUUAAGGUAUUUUGCAACGAGCUACCUAAAAGAUUAUUGAUGGCAAGUGUUGCAGAAGUGUCCAGUCAGCAGACGGCGACGUUUAGCUUGAGUAAUGGAAUGCUGAUUGUCUUAAGCAUUACAAUGACGAUGCUCAUAUUUUUUGUAAUAAUCGGUAUUGUGAUGACUCGAAAAAUGAUUGUAAAGAAAAGACGAAUCAAUAGGAGAUUUUAGGAAAAAUAUCAA